AUGAGCAUAGAUAAUGCAAAUCUAGAUUAUUUAAAACUACCACACUCAAUUUUAUAGACUAUCAAUCAUCCAUAGGAUUACAUUUAAGGAUAUGGAAAAGACAAAAAACCUUUUAGGAAAAUAUUUAAGAAUACCGAAUACAACCAAAAGGAAAAGCAAGCUAUUUAAUAAUUAAAGCUGCUAGUAAGCUCUAAUAAGGUUGCAUUACCAUAAAAUUUUGAUGAUAGCGAUUAUUUAAAGUUUGUGUACACUGGAAAAUUCGAUGAUAAGAAAAGCUUAGAAGCAUUAACCAAAAACUUAAAUUGGAGAAACUCUAUGAAAGAAACUAUUUCAAAAGAGGCUUUUAUGUUACUGGAAUCAGGUGUAUUCUAUUAGUAUGGCAGAGAUAACUAGUACAGACCUGUAGUUAUAAUUAACAUCCAUAAAAUAGAUCCAAACCAUAACUCCGAAAAGCACACACUUGAGGCUUUAUGUUACUUUUUAAAAAAAAUACAAAGUUACAUGUUUUAUCCUGGAAAGAUUGAAAAUUGGAUAAUCAUUCUUGAAACUAACAAAAUGAGCUUCUUCAAGUUUCCUAUAGGAAUUUUAAAGAUGAUCAUUUAAACACUCUCUGUGAAUUUUAAUGCAACUUUAGAGCAUCUAUUUAUCUUGAACCCAUCAACAUCAUUUAAUGUAGUAUGGGGUGGAGCUUCGGGCUUCAUCGACAGUGCCUAAAAGGAAAAAAUUUCAUUUAUAAGUAGUAAAAAAGAAAUAAAUAAAUUACACUAAAAAGUAGAAUUAAAUCAGCUAGAAAAAAAGUAUGGAGGUUAUUUAGAAGAUCUUACAUAAAAUUUCUGGCCACCAAAAAACACAAUCAUUAAAGUAACUGAUCCCUCAGUUCUUGAAUGCGAAGAUGAAUUUAUGCGCAAAAAGCCAGAAAAUUAAUUAGACAUCAAGUAAUCAUAACUUGAGGUGCUUAAGGAUUUCUCUAAAAAUAUAGAUGGCAGAAUUUCAGUUUUAAAGACUAAACCUGAAAAGACAAAAAUAGAAAAUCCCUUAGAGGAUUAAUUGAUGAAAAAAAGUAUAGUACCCACAUCUAGCUAUUACUCCAUAAGACCAUCUGUUUAGCAACUGUAUGACUAACAAGGUGGUGAUAGAAUAUCUAUGUUGAGUGGCUAUAGUAGACCCUCAAAUAGAACUAUUUAUAAGAGUGCUUUUAGCAGUUUUAAAGAUGUAGAAAAUUAAUUGCCUGAUGAUAUUUAAGAAGAAGAUGGAGAUGCUUUUUAUUCGUUCCAUAGUUUCAAUGAAAAUUAAAUUUAAGAAUAAGCUGAAGAAAAAAAAUAAUGGUAAAAAUGGAGUGUUAUUGGCUAAGAAGCAUAAAAAACAAAUAACAAUUCAAGCACACAUAAAGUUGAAGAUAAAUAAAGAAUAUCCUAAAAGGCUAGUAAUAAAUCUUAACACAAGGCUAAUAUAUAAGAUACAAACGAAUAAUAAGAAAAAAAUAUCUCAAUAUAAAAUUCUUCAAAUCAGUUAUCAGAAAAUAAUCCAAGAAGUACUAAUGAGUCUCGUUAAAGUAAAAAAACAGUAGAAACAAAAGAGAGAGAGUCAGCAGCUAAAGAAAAUUCCAUUUCAAGUGAAAACUUAAACAGCAAAAUAGAAAACAAUUCUAAAAAAUCUAGGGCUGGAGAACGUUAUGGAAAAGAGAGUUUCACAGAAUCUAAUGUGAAAUAAGAUUAAAAGGAAAAAGAUGAACAAUUAAGUAAAAGAUUUUUCUGCUGUUGA